UACUCCCACUGCCACGACCGUGUGUGACGUGUCUAGGCUGCCAUAUUGGCAUAUUGGAAUGGCAGCAACAGAGCAGGUAAGAGUUGAUAGAGAGAAAGUGGUGCUCUGGUGGACACAGAUAUACACGCACAAGGUGUGACAGCGAUGUUGUCAUAAUUCCACGAGUUUAGAAAUAGUUAGAUAGAUACAUAGAAAAGCCACAAAGGGAAAGAGAGGGAGACAGACAGAGAGAGAGAGUAAUAAAUUGUAAUAAUAGCAAUAAACGGCAAAGGAAGAAUUUAGAGAAAAGAUCUAUAUAAAUUAAUAGUGGCAGAAGGGGAAAAAAAAGUAAUAUAUUACACAGACAGAGAGAGAGAGGGAUAGAUAUAAAAAAAGAAGAAAACAGGAACUGACUGCUGAUAGACAGACGACCAAAAAGGAAGACGUACGGACCGACAGACAGACAAGCAACUCAAUCGUUCUGUGGUCUUAAAAAAAAAAAAAAAGCCAAAAAAAAAAACAACAAACAAAAAAAACACACAAGGGUUUUCCCCCCACCCCUUGAAAAUUGAGGGAUAAACUCCAUGGACAGUUCUUCGACAGGCUAUGAGCUUGGACCAGGAUCAUUAAAAUCGACUGGUAUGUCUGAACCAAAACUGCACCAGACUGACCAGUACAAAGGCUGGCUGAACAAGUGGACAAAUUACCUGAAAGGCUACCAAAGACGAUGGUUUGUCUUACAGAAUGGCCUGCUUUCUUAUUACAGCAAAAAUAGCAAGCAGACUCAGGCCGAAAUGGCCCACACAUGUCGGGGUACAAUAAACUUGGCCAAUGCCUUUAUUCAUACUGAAGACUCAUGCACCUUUGUUAUUACAAAUGGAGGUACUCAAAGCUUUCACCUAAGAGCUAGCUCUGAAGUAGAACGUCAGAAAUGGGUGACAGCUCUUGAAUUAGCCAAAGCCAAAGCUAUUCAAAUUUUGGAAUCAGACAGUGAUGAUGAUGAAAAUCAGCCCGACAAAACUGAAUUGGUUAAUACAGUGAAUGCCUUAAAUGCUCGCUUUGGAGACCUGAGCACAUGCUAUGACCUCAUUGUAAAGCAAGGUGCUGCAUUCCAACGUGCCCUUAAUGAGCACGAGCAGAUCGACAGUGCUGCAGAUUCUACUAGCAAAAUAAAAGCCAUCAAUGAACGAGCAACUUUAUUUAGGAUUGCUUCAAAUGCUAUGUUAAAUGCUUGUUCUCAGUACUUGAAGCUUGCCCAAAACCUUGGCAAGCGAUGGCAAAAAUUACUGCAGAAUGAACACGAGCAGAGACUUAAGCUAGAGGAGAUGGUGGAGCAACUAGCCAAACAACAGGCUUCAUUGGAAAAGCAAGCACGCAAGUCCUUGCAUGCUGUUAAUUCUCCAAUUAUGGAGAAUGAUACAGUUCCCCAGUCUUCUGAUGAAGAUGAAUUCUUUGAAGCAGUUGAACAUCAAGUUGAAGAAUUCAGUGUGGCGCUUCCAUAUGACAAAACUCAUAGGAGAACUGGCAGUGGUGUUAGCAUUGACAGUUUGGAUCAAGUCCUUGAGCCACAAAGUUCAUCAGAAUCAGAUGGGGAAGAUAAUACCAAAGAGGCUAGAGUUGUUUGUGCUAAAUCAGAAUCUUCACCUAAGAGGACAACUUCAAAAGAUGGUGCUAAAUGUUCACACCGAAGAAAUGCCAGUCAAGACAAAAACAGGCAAAGCUCUAUCAGUGAAAGUAGUAUAGGACAACGCCCAAGGGUUCGUCGGAAAGCUAUAUUGGAACGACCAAACUAUAGUCUGAAUUUAUGGAGCAUUAUGAAAAAUUGUAUUGGCAAAGAGCUUUCUAAAAUCCCCAUGCCUGUUAAUUUUAAUGAGCCGCUUUCAAUGUUACAACGACUUACUGAAGACUUUGAAUAUUCUGAGUGCCUUGACCAGGCAGCACGCUGUGAAUUAUCUGCUGAACAGAUGGCAUAUGUGGCCGCUUUUACCAUCUCUUCUUAUUCCACUACUACCAACCGUACCAGCAAGCCUUUCAACCCAUUGCUUGGAGAGACUUAUGAGUGUGAUCGCACUGAUGAUUAUGGAUGGAGAGCACUUGCAGAGCAGGUAAGUCACCAUCCUCCAAUGUGUGCACAGUAUACAGAAGGAAGGGGUUGGCGCUUGUGGCAGGAGUUCACAAUGAUGAGCAAAUUCCGUGGCAAAUAUCUUCAGAUUAUACCCAUGGGUAUCAGCCAUCUUGAGUUCACUAAGACUGGUGACCACUACACAUGGCGAAAGGUAACCACAACAGUACAUAAUAUCAUUGUUGGUCGUCUGUGGGUAGACAACCAUGGAGAAAUGGACAUCACCAAUCAUACCACUGGUGAUAAGUGUCACUUGAAAUAUUCAGCCUAUAGUUACUUUAGCAGGGAGACACCACGCAAGGUUACUGGAGUGGUUACAAAUAGCUCAGGGAAAGCUCAGUGGGUUUUAACAGGAACUUGGGACGAUAAAAUGGAAGGAGCUCAGGUUAUUAAUGUUGAUGAGUCAAAAGGAAAACCUGUUUUUGAGACUGGCCCUCAUAGAUAUGUAUGGAAACGCCGGCCUCCUCCAAAUGGGUCAGAGCGUAUGUAUUACUUUACACAAUUGGCUCUUGAAUUAAAUGAACCCGAAGAGAAUGUAGCAUCUACAGAUUCCCGAAAUCGACCUGACCAACGUUUGAUGGAAGAUGGUCGGUGGGAAGAGGCCAAUAAAGUAAAAGUUAUGUUAGAAGAUAAACAGCGUAUGGCUCGACGACGGAGAGAAGCGGAAGCAGAAGCGUCUUUAUCUCAAGAUGAGGGGGAAAAUUCUGGUCGAGAAUAUGUUGGUUAUGAACCAAUUUGGUUUAAAAAAGAAACUGACAAGAUAACCGGUAACCUGAUCCACAUGUAUAAAGGAAAUUAUUGGGAAUAUAAAGAUAAACAAGAUUGGUCUAUGUGUCCAGACAUUUAUUUGUCCUCAGAGGAGUUGGCAGCAUUUAAAAUCUCUUAAAUUUUUAGAGUGACCACUACAAACUGCCCGAUCAAACAUUUGUGUCUAACAAAGAUGACUUCUAUUAAAGCUAUUAUAGAAGGAGUGAAUGAGAAGGAAGCGUCAUGGCUGAGUGAAUGGACUAAAUAAAACAAUAAUUAAUAUAACAUUAAUAAUAUUUUUUUCUGGUACCCUCCCCUUCCUCCUACUUUUUUUGUUCGACAAUAAUUUUGGUGACUAAAACAGCGAUAUAGAGAACAAAUACUCAGAUGUAUACAGUUUCUUCAAGCGAAAAACAUUGGGCAGGUUUUUUUUUUCUUUUCUUUCUUUUUCUUUUUUUUUUUUUUUUUUCUCUUUUCUCUCUCUUCUUUGCCAUACCCCCCUUUACUGACUUGUUAAAAUUACCAGAGCUGUUAAAAAAGGUCCUGAAAUGUAAAAACCUUAAUAAUUUUUUACCCUCCUAAUUAUUUUGUUAAGAUUGAAUCCUUUCAAAAUAUUAUUAUUAUUAUUAUUAUUAUUAUUAUUAAUAUUAUAAUAAUUAUUAUUAUUUUUUAUUUUAUUUUAUUCUUCCCUUUUGUGUUUGGGAGGUCUUUUUUUUUAGCCUACAACUGUGACAAGAAAAAUCCAAACCUGAUAUUUUUACUGCAAACAAAAUAUAGGAAUGUUUUUAACAAAGCAUAACAACAAAAAAAAAACAAAAAAAAAACAUUUGCUAUUUAUAAGGAUUCCUUUUAAUCUCUGUCCUACAUCUACAAUACUCACAUAAUUCUUAACAUUUAUCAAGAUAAUCCUAUUAUAUAGUAAGUUGUUUCAUUUCAACAAACAUCCACCUACAUACAUACGCACAUGCAUGUACACACACACACACAUACACGCACGCACACACAAAGUUCUAUGUGGCAUGGAACAUGAUGCUGUUUUAAAUUCCAAAUGAGAAAAUAUCUACAAAAUAAUUGGUAACAAAAGAAUUACAUCUAGUAAAUAUAUAUAUAAUAUAUAUAUAUAUAUAUAUAUAUAUAUUAAUGUAUGUGUGCAUAUGUUGGUGUUUGUGUGUGUGCACGUGAGGAUUGUGUGUGUGUAUGUAUAUAUCAGAAACAGUCGGGAUUUUUCUUUCUCUUGCCCUCCUUCUAUUGAUCACCUUUCAGUUACUAAAUCAACCUGUGAUAUGUGAGUAUAGCUUUGUUUUUGCUGCUACUAAAUUUGUUGAGCAUGCCUGACAUACACAAAUUGAACACUUCAAACAACCUAAGGAAUGUAGUGUGUGCAUGUGUGUGUGAAAGAGAGAUAGAGAGUCAGAGACAGGGUAGGGGAGGCUGGUCAGUGUUGUUGUAAUGAAAGGUUAAACUAGACUGAAACCUAAUUAAUAUUUCAGUAAGACUAACAGCUGAUUUACCCAAUCUCUUUGAUCUGUGACACUAAAAUAAACUUUUGGAAAUGUGAAGCUGAGAAUGGUCGGAUCUUAUCGGAGGAUCAGUAGGAAAUUAAUUGAUGAGUGAUUCAUCAUUAGACAAAAACCACCAUUAACAAUGAUUUGUGAUGAGUGAUUCAUCAUUAGACAAAGACCACCAUUAACGGGGUAACAAUUCUUGGUGCCACCUGUUGCCAAACUCAGUGCCAAACAUUUUACUUGCAUUACUUUGGAUUUCAUUUAAAUAACUGGACAGUGUCAGACUAUUUCUAUGCAACCAGUUACAAAUGUGUAAUCUGAAGAGGCUUUGGUGUUAUCACAACAAAAUGAUAUGGAAAUAACCGUUUCUCUUUUUUAAAGAAACAGUUCUUGCCAAUUUGUAAGAUGGUUGUGUGUGUGUAUGUGUGUGUGCGCGCACGUGUGCAAGCGAGCGUGUGUGUGUGUGUGUGUGUUUUAUUCGAUGGAUUUCACCCCCUCCUUGUUGAUCACUGUUCAAACCUCUUAGCCAUUAUUCUUCAGAGCCAUAUUCAGUCAAAGUUGGAAGUGUUUAAAACUCUGGAAGAAAGAGAGAGACAACAGCUGCAGCAAAUGUUAUGUAUACUUACUAAUACUAGAAUCACUUAUACAAAAAUGUUUGGAAUAAGAAUUCGCAAAUAAAUAAAAAAAAAAAAAAUCCCCAAUUA